AUGGAGCAGAAGGACAUGUCUUCAUCAGACUCCACCACCACCACCACCACCACCACCACCACGACGGGUGAAGAUGCCACGAAAUCUGUCCGUCAGAACCACACUCAACCCAAUCAACUAUCGUCGGCGGCGCAAGCAGCAUUUCCAGAACGCCAGAGCCAGAGCCAGAGCGAGCAGCAAGCGCCCAAGCUCACCGCUGAUGGGACAACUGCCUCCUCUUCCUCGUCGAUAGAGAUCAAUACCCGCUCAGACAUCAGCUUGCUAUACCGAGUGGUGCGCACGCUCAUCCGACCACUGCGGCCGAACCUCGUGCGUCCGGGUAAGCCACUGCCGCCAGGAUCCCCGCGCCUGUCAGCCUCAAAGAAUCGGAAUGGUGUUGCCAUCGUCGAGUCCUGCUUCGAGGGCGUGUGGCAGUAUACCUUCCGUCCGAAAUCCACGUGCCUGAGCGCGAGUGCUUCUACGCUCGCGUCUGCCUCAUCUCCCACAGUGUCAAAUCGUACCUCGCAGACCGAUCCUUCUCCUUCUUCUUCUUCUCUAUCACCUUGCCCGAACGAGAAUGGCAAUCCUACAUCUAGUAACCGGGGCUGCUCUAAACACCGGAUCUACUACUUCAACGGCGGAGGCUUCCAAUCACCACCGUCGAGCCAACACUGGCUAUUCCUCAGCAUGCUGUCCAAGAACCUCUCACAGCAGCGCACCGCCGCCGCCUCCUCCUCCUCCACCACCACCUCUCCAUCUUCUUCACUGUCGGACGCUCACCAACCUCAACCCAAACACCAAGGCGACAACACCCUGAUCCCAGAAAUGACCCUCGUCUCCUACCCGCUCGCACCGAACUCCCCGGCCGAGAAGUCCUACCCAAUCAUGCAGAAAUGGCUCUCAGCGGUCCUCCACUCAGCAGACACGACCCACGACAAGGUCACCCUGAUGGGCGACAGCAGCGGCGGCAACAUCGCGCUCUCGCUCGGCUUCUGGGCUGUCGAGAACCACCACCAAGCCCCCCAACGCUCGUCCUCCUCACCCACCUCCAUCUCCACUAACCCAAGCUUCCCACUGACAUCUAUCCUCGCCAUCUCCCCCGUCGUAGACCUCCGCAACGUAAACCCAUCCAUGGCCAGCGCCGACAAAUUUGACCCGGUGCUCACCAUCCCGCUCACCUCACGGGUGGCGCGCGCGUGGGCCUCUCCGCCCACGACCUCCAGACACCUCUCCGAGGUCGCCGAUGGGCCGCACCCGCACCCGGCGCUCGUCACCAACGCACAGGUCUCGCCGCUGCUCAACAGCGACGCCGCGUUCCAGGCGCUGGCGAGCAACCGCGUGCGCGUGCACGGUAUCGUCGGCACGCAUGACGUGCUGGCGCCCGACGCGCUGCUGUUCAUGCGGAAGUGUGAGCGGUGUGGCGUCGCGGGGAGGUGGUUGGUGUGGGAGCGCCAGAUGCACUGUUUCCCGCUUGCGGCCGGGAAGGGCGUCCUGGGGUUGUGGGAGGCGCGGGACGCGGUCGACUGGAUUGUGGGUGUGCUUCGUGCGCAUGAGUUUUAG